AUGGAUCUUCCCAAGGUGAUAACUAAGCUAGAGAUGGAGAUGGAGGAAUCGCAGAACCAGCGCGACGCACGUGUUGAGGAGCUUUGGAAGCAGCUUGAUUAUCAACAUAAAGGCGAAUUGGAUUGGAAAGCCUUGCAGAAGGGGCUCAGGAGGAUCGAUCAUCCUAUGAAAAAUGCCGAUAAUCUUCUCAAGACCAUCAUCAAAGUUGUAGAUUCGAACGGCGACGGCAAGAUUCAAUACGAAGAAUUCCGAGUGUUCGUCGAGGCUGCUGAGCGUCAACUCUUCGUUCUUUUCAAAUCUAUCGAUCGAGACCAAAAUGGGAAAAUAGAUAAGGAGGAGCUUCAUCAUGCCGUGCAACAUGCUGGUCUUGCAGUGCCAAUGCGCCGACUAAACGAAUUCUUCGAAAAUAUAGACCAUAAUCGUGAUGGGUUCAUCACGUACGAAGAAUGGCGGAACUUUUUACUUUUUAUGCCCAACACUGAUCCCACUACUACACUGCGGGCAGUUUUCACAUUCUAUUCAGACAUACUCACCCUCAACUCUGAAGGUGACUCGGUGGUUAGUGAAGAAACCCUUCAAGGGCUAGGUACGAAUAUUCUCUACACCCUCUUUGGUUCAAUCGUGAGACUCGCAUCUCCUGGAUUACCUCCCGGGCGAGAAGACUACAUACCUUCUUCAACCGAUAAUAGCGAUUCACAAGACCCAGAAUCUACACCACGUACCUCUCGAACCUCUCACCGUGCGCGCAACAUGGGUGCCGCUAUGGCACACUCAUAUGAUCACGCCUCCGAAAAUGACACCGCAUCCGGUGUCUUACUGGAAGCUACGCAACCGGGGAUCCCUGUGGAAGACGUUGAAAUUGAAUCUAGCUUGACUGAGAAGAGCAAAAGAUCCGUGCUGAUAAAAUACAUCCCCGAUUCAGGCUACUUUGUCGCCGGUGCUGUGGCGGGAGGCAUUUCUCGCACUGCUACUGCUCCUCUCGACCGACUGAAGGUCUACCUUCUCGUAAAUACCACAGCGAACGCCAAUGUUGCCGUCCUAGCAGCCAAGAAAGGCCAGCCUAUACAGGCCCUGAAGCAUGCUGGCAGACCUCUCGUCACAGCAAUCGCCGAUCUGUACAAAGCCGGUGGUGUCCGGGGAUUCUUUGCUGGUAAUGGGCUUAACGUGGUCAAAAUCAUGCCUGAGACGGCAAUCAGGUUUGGAGCGUAUGAAGCCGCCAAGAAGACGCUCGCGGGUUUCGAGGGGCAUAAUGACCCGCACCAUAUCAACCCGUAUUCAAGAUUUGUUGCGGGAGGUGUGGCUGGCAUGACAGCACAGUUCUGUGUCUACCCUCUCGACACUCUCAAGUUUCGACUACAAUCGGAUUAUGUCGAAGGCGGUCCUAGAGGCAAUACUCUUCUCUUCCAGACUGCUCGCAAGAUGUGGGCAGAAGGUGGCAUGAGAGCCGCCUACCGAGGUGUGACGAUGGGGCUCAUUGGCAUGUUCCCAUAUUCUGCGAUUGAUAUGGGCACAUUCGAGUUCCUCAAGACUACCUACGUCACAUAUACAGCAAGGGCCUACAGCAUCCACGAGGAAGACGCCAUGCCUAGCACCUUCGCCACGGGAAUCAUGGGAGCAACUUCGGGAGCCUUUGGCGCCUCUGUCGUAUAUCCUCUGAACGUUCUACGUACGAGACUACAGACACAGGGUACCAGUAUGCAUCCGGCGCGCUACACGGGGAUCUGGGACGUGGCACAGAAGACGGUUAAAAAUGAAGGAGUAAGAGGCCUCUACAAGGGCUUGAUGCCGAAUCUCCUGAAGGUCGCUCCCGCGCUUAGCAUUACGUGGAUGGUGUACGAAAACGCGAAGCGAAUCUUGCAUCUGAGCUAG